UUAUAGGUGCACUAAAUAGGACACAUCCGGUAUCUUCCUGAUGGUCGUAGCUGCGAGGCGAUAGGGGCCCACGUUUGUCUUUUUCUGCGAAAUGAUCUAAUAUAGAAGUAGCAUUUCUUUGACCAGGAGUAAAAUAAAUACAUUAAUGCAAGGAUACAUUGAUUGUCACUGUCACAUUUCUGCGACAGAGUUCGACAACGAUAUUGAUAUUGUAAUUGAGAAUGCCAAGAGAGCGGGGGUGGUAGCACUUCUAGCUGUUGCUGAACAUGCAGGGGAGUUUGAGAAAAUCAUCAAGCUCUCUCAGAGGUUUCCGGGCUUCAUUGCACCUUCCCUUGGAGUCCAUCCUGUACAGGCAGUGGAUGAGACCCAGCAGCGGGGUGCUGUCCUUGAUGAUCUAGAAGCAGCAAUGCCUCUGAUUGAGCAACACAAGGACCAGCUUGUGGCCAUUGGUGAGGUGGGCCUGGAUUUCACCCCCCGGUUUGUAAGCUCUGAUACUGGGAAAGACCAGCAAAGGCAGGUGCUCAUUCGUCAGGUAGAGAUUGCCAAGAGACUCUGCCUUCCCUUAAAUGUCCACUCAAGAUCUGCAGGCAGACCCACAAUCCAACUUUUGAAAGAUCAGGGAGCAGAGAAUGUUCUUCUUCAUGCAUUUGAUGGAAAACCGUCAGUUGCAAUGGAGGGCGUGAAAGCUGGUUAUUUCUUUUCCAUACCUCCUUCUAUUAUAAGAAGUGAACAGAAGCAAAAACUGGUGAAACAGCUGCCAUUGGAGAACAUGUGCCUGGAGACAGAUUCUCCUGCGUUGGGCCCGGAGAAGCAGGUGAGAAAUGAACCAAAGAACAUCUCCAUAUGUGCAGAGUACAUUGCCAAGAUCAAAGGCGUGCCUGUGGAGAGGGUGGUGGAGGUGACCACACAGAACGCUCUUCGCCUCUUCCCCAGACUAAAGACCCUCUUGACCAUUUGAAAGGAGCAUCAAAACAUUGGACAUUUCAUUCAUUUUAACACUGCUGGCUCGGCUACUGGAUGUAGCCUACAGUGGUUGGCUCCAUGUUUUUUUUCCAGGUUUUUCAUAUCUUUGAAAAUAUAAUAAUAAAAGAAACAUCUAAAAUA